UUCGUCAUGGCGGACUUUGCGAAGGUCAUUUUUGUUGGCUUAGCCCAGUUUCACUGCCCCUGACCAAACGGACAUCUCACAUAGCUACGUCUGCAGUCAUGGUUGGUUGACACGCUUCAUCCACUCAAAGGGGCGUCAUGAUCAGACCAUUAUUCCAUGCUACAGUAUUUGCCGGUGUCGGCAUGAUUACUAUCGGGUUACUCUACGUGUACAAGCUGACCGGCACGCUUCAGCUGAACCGGGUGUUCACCCGUCGGCUGAACCUGACUACCCCGGACGAUAGCCGACCGCCGCCGGCUUCUAUUGAGCAACUUAUGGCGGCGAGAGAAGCCCACUUCAACAUGACAAACAUCUGGAAAGUACAGAACAUCAGCAGGAAGUAUUUUAAUCCCAAGUUACACAUCAUCUAUUUCUCGGACUUCCAUGUCUUCCUGGAGAAAUGUGACCCACAGACGUUCACACUGCGCAACUCGCACCCGCGCCGCCCCAGACCCUGUAACGUCGUACACACGCCCAUCAAGCACUACCGGACAUGCGCAGUGGUGGGGAACAGCGGUAUCCUCCUCCAUAGCAGCUGUGGUGCUGAGAUAGACGCUCACGAGUUUGUCAUCCGGUCCAACCUGCCUCCCGUCUCCCCGUAUAGAACAGAUGUAGGCAGUAGGACUGACUUGACUAGUAUAAAUGUUAAACGCCUGGUGCAGAUCACCGAGGCCCUUCAGUCAUUCAACGCGACACGUCGGAAAGCCAUGCUGGCUCGUCUCGGCCAGACGCCGGGGAUGGUCUUCAGUUAUUCCUUCGGUUUCGUCGGGUCCAACGCAAAACGGAGGAUGCACAUAGUCGACGCUGCCAUCAAGAAGAACAACCUGUCUACCAUAACGGCCUUUCCCUUCAGAUCUUUCUUAGACAGCAAACGUUUAUACACAGAGCUGGUGGGGAAACAAUGGGGUUUUGCCUCGACUGGUCUGAACACCUUCGCCCUGGCCUCCACCUUCUGUGACACAAUCUCCAUGUACGGUUUCUACCCCAUGUCUACCUACCAGAACAAGCCCGUACCCUACCACUACUACGACAAUAUGCCGCCCAGUGACCGACAUGACUUCGACGCAGAGUAUGCUAUGUUACGGCAAAUGGAUGAAGACGGAGUUAUAAGACAUGUAGUCGGGAAAUGCAAUAUAGAUUCUGAAAACCUGACUGCACACUCUCCUGUUGGUUAUGUUAACGGGACGAAGUCAAAACGAAGGCUUCUACAACACAGGACCUUCAUCUAGCACCUCUUCCAAGACUCAACAAGAAAUUGAAGAUGUUACACCUCUGCUACGUA